AAUGAGUCAUUGAUAUUUUUGAUUGCAUCUGAAUUUCGUGUCCUGAUAUUUCAGUAUAAAAUAAAGCUUUUUUUGAUUUCCUAUUAGUUUUGCAUUAACAAACUAAACAUGAGUUUGCAGUGGACGAUUAUUGCUACUUUCUUAUACGUUGAAAUAGCGGUUGUGCUUCUUUUAUCAUUGCCUGUCGCAAGUCCUUCGAGAUGGCAAAAGUUAUUCAAAUCGAAGUUUCUGGCGUUUAUUUAUGGACAAGCCUCGAUUUACUUUUUGGUGCUGAUCGGUGUGUUGGUGCUAUGCCUGUUAGAUGCUAUACGUGAGAUGCAAAAGUAUUCUAACAUCGAAUCAACUGACCACCAACACCUUGACGCAGAAAUGCAAGGUAGCAUGAGGCUUUUCCGUGCUCAAAGAAACUUUUAUAUAUCAGGAUUCGCUCUUUUCCUUCUCAUCGUUAUUCGCAGGUUGGUUCAGAUGAUUUCUGAACUAGCGUCUUUGUAUGCACAGUCCGAAGCGAACUUACGACAAGCUAAAAGUGCAAGCGCCACCGCCAGAACUCUUCUUUCGCAGCAGGGAGAAGGAGAUGAGAAAAACAAGAAAGAAGUAGAGGACAUCAGAAGUCAAAUUACAAUUCUAGAAAAGGAACUGUCAAAGGAAAAAAAGGAUAAAGAAGCAAUGAAAUCACAAGCCGAAACAUUGAAUAAAGAAUAUGAUAGGUUAUCCGAGGAAUAUAGUAAAUUGCAAAAGAAGCUAACAGUAGCAGGUGGAGAUAAAAAAGAUGAAUAAGUUUUCAAAUCAUUAUUCUCUCUUUAUAAUAAAUAUUCUCAUGAAAACAAAUUGUAAAUGAAUGAUGUAAUCCUGUGAUUCAUAGCCUUGAACAAGCCUUUAGUAUGGAAACAAAAAAAUAUUUAUUUACCUUUAUUUUGUUAUUGUGAGGUUAGUCUUGUAGGUUUAUUAGCGUUGAAAAGUCUGAUUAUGUUGUUUUGGGCAUUUUUUUUAUAAGUGUGUAUUUAAAAUCUAGGUAUGUAUUGUUUUUAUAUGUAAGGGUCCUGGCUUAUAUUUACUAUUAAAUUCUAAUGUAUGGACUAAGUUCUAAUUAAAUAGAAAUUUUUCUAAACUGUGUUUUAAUAGAAGUUUUUGUGCAUUUAUUACACCUGCUUUAUUCCUUUACUUUCUUAACAUGUCUAUUUAUUCAUAUUU